UGAGCUAUCGCUUGUUUUUGUUUUUAAUGAAGCAGAAGAUCCUUUCGUGUGAUGACAGGCGAGAUUUGGCGGCCCUGCUGUGGUUUAUGCGAGGAUAAGCAUGCCAAGAGUACGGAGAUCUUCGAGAGGUGCAUAUGGCCAGGAACGGCUUCAGAACGCCCUGCAGGAUCUUCGCGAUGGUGUGUCAGUACGGAGCACGGCGAAUCGCUGGGGCAUACCUGCGAAGACUCUGAGAAGGCACAGAGAUGGAAAGGUCCGGUCACCUGGACAAAUCCAUCUGGGGAGAUUCAGCUGCGAAUUCAGCCCAGAGCAGGAGGAGUUGCUUGUUGAGAAGAUCCAAUUCAUGGAGAAAGUCCUCUACGGCUUGACGACAUUUGAUCUACGCCGCAUCGCGUUCCAGUUCGCUGAGAGGCUGGGCAUUAAGCACCGGUUUUCCCGAGAUUCGAAGAUGGCUGGAAAGGAAUGGUUAAAUGCGUUCCUGAAACGGCAUCCUGGCUUAGCCAUCAGAAAGCCGGAGCCAACCAGCCUAGCGCGUGCGGUGGGGUUCAAUCGGCCACAGGUAGACCGUUUUUACGCCCUUUACCGAGAGUUGCUGGAUAAGAACAGCUACGGCCCGCUCCAGGUGUGGAAUGCGGAUGAGACAGGAGUGUCAGUUGUCCAGAAGCCGGCCAACAUAGUGGCGCCAAGGGGCAAAAAGCAGGUCGGCAAGAUCACCAGCGCUGAAAGGGGAAAAACUGUAACAGUCAUCUGUGCAGCAAACGCAGGUGGACAGUUCGUACCUCCGGCCAUGAUAUUCCCGCGAGCCCGCAUGAACGCUUCCCUCAUGAAUGGUGCUCCACCGGGAGCCAUCGGCAUGUGCACGAAGUCAGGGUGGACUGACGAAGACUGCUUCGUGAAGUGGCUCCAACACUUCAUCUCAACGGUCAGGCCAUCAACAGAUAACCGGCAUCUGCUCAUCUUAGAUGGUCAUGCGAGUCACAAGAGUCUUCACGCUGUGGAGCUGGCCCGAGAGAGUGGAGUGGAUCUCAUCACUCUACCUCCCCACUGCACGCACAGGCUCCAGCCCUUGGAUGUUUCUUGGUUUAAGCCGCUCAAGGCAGCUUACAGCGCAGCGGCUGACAGCUGGAUGCGGGCAAACCCGGGAAGGAGGAUCUCCGAGUUCGAAAUCAGUGCGAUCUUUUCGACUGCCUACCUGAGGUGUGCUUCGGCGGAGAAGAUUGUGAGUGGAUUUCGUGUGAGCGGAAUCUGGCCAUUCGAUGACAGCCUGUUCACCGAUAAUGAUUUCGUGGCAGCUCUUCUCACUGAAGAACCCGAACCCCAGCCUCUCCAGGAAGCCGAGCCGACCGAUCCCGUGGCCAGCAGCUCCGGCUCCUCUGGACGCGCGCAGGGAUCCGUGCUCCGGGACGCCGAGCCGACCAAUCCUGUGGCCAGCAGCUCCGGCUCCUCUGGACGCGCGCAGGGAUCCGUGCUCCGGGACGCCGAGCCGACCGAUUCUGUGGCCAGCAGCUCCGGCUCCUCUGGACGCGCGCAGGGAUCCGUGCUCCGGGACGCCGAGCCUACCGAUCCUGUGGCCAGCAGCUCCGGCUACUCUGGACGCGCGCAGGAAUCCGUGCUCCGGGACGCCGAGCCGACCGAUCCUGUGGCCAGCAGCUCCUGCUACUCUGGACGCGCGCAGGGAUCCGUGCUCCGGGACGCCGAGCCGACCAAUCCUGUGGCCAGCAGCUCCUGCUACUCUGGACGCGCGCAGGGAUCCGUGCUCCGGGACGCCGAGCCGACCAAUCCUGUGGCCAGCAGCUCCGGUUCCUCCGGACGCGCGCAGGGAUCCGUGCUCCGGGACGCCGAGCCGACCAAUUCUGUGGCAAGCAGCUCCACACAACAGAGUCCCAGCUCACGUAAUCGCGACAGCCAACUCCUAGCAGACCUGUGCGCCUCGCCUAAGGCGCACGUUAGAAAGAGAAUCCGCCGGGCUCAAAAGUCAGAGAUUUUGACGUCGUCACCGAUGAAGUCGCAGCUUGAAGAGAAAGCUGCAAAAAAACGAGCCAAGAAAGACACAUCAAAUGGUUCUCUCCCCAAGAAGUCUAAGAAAAUGAAGAAGUCAGCCUCAGAGACCCCCCAGAAUACUGAUGACAAAACUUCGUGUCUUGUGUGUGGCAUGCAAUUCCGUUUGUCAUGCGAAGAGUGGGUCCAGUGCGCCGCGUGUUCUCAGUGGGCUUGUGUGCCCUGUACGGACCUAGAAAAGGGCCAGCUGGGUUACACAUGUGACUUCUGUCGCCCGGCGUCGUUUUGAACGGCAUGCCCGUUCAGGUUCCUGUUCUUGCUUUUAGAGUGGGCUCACCUGCCAUUUUCGUUUGUCAUUGAGUCUGGUGAUAUGUACUGGUAACGUUACAAGCACGAACGUUCGUCAUAUCACGUUUAGCAUUGUUUGAAAUGUUUUUUUUUUCUUACCGAGCUUAAGAACGUUGAACUGACGCAGACCGAUGUGCACAAGCUGUGCUGUCUUUCAGGUGUUGUCCUGUUUUGCUAUGAAACAGUUUGUAUUGUCAUUGUUCGAAUUAAUGUGAAUUGGCUGUUCAAUUUCCGCUAAUACAGCCAACUUCCUAGA